CAGCGCUCUCGCACUUUGGUUCCUUGUGUUAGUCUGUCGUUUGCACUAGCCGAAGCCGAGGUUACGGACAGAAAGGACCGCUGCGCGCCUCGUGGGUCCCUCUACCACUGUCGAUGUGGGCCUGAUGUUGUUGUGGCCUCCUAAAGCUCUGGAGCGGAUCUUUGAUGUGUUGUAUUUCCAGCCUUUUCCUAGGCAGAUCCUGAUUGAACCCAUCUCCUUAUCAGUUGAGCUUUGAAAAUUGUGUUGUAAUCUUCAUUACUUGACAAAUGCCAUGAUUACCUCAGCAGUCUAGUUCUAAUUUUGCAAACAAUUUCUACAGAAUUUAAGAAGAAUUUGUUCAUGUGUAUGGCAUAGAAGAUGAAUUCUUCCACUUCCACCAUGAAUGAAGAACCUGAUGCUCUAUCAGUAGUUAACCAGCUACGGGAUCUAGCAGCAGAUCCGUUAAAUAGAAGAGCCAUUGUCCAGGAUCAGGGAUGUCUGCCUGGCCUUAUUUUAUUCAUGGACCACCCCAAUCCCCCUGUUGUCCACUCAGCUUUAUUGGCACUUCGAUACUUGGCAGAAUGCCGUGCUAACAGAGAAAAAAUGAAAGGAGAGCUGGGUAUGAUGUUAAGCUUGCAAAAUGUUAUACAGAAGACUACAACUCCAGGAGAAACAAAACUGCUGGCCUCUGAAAUCUAUGACAUUCUUCAAUCUUCCAACAUGGCGGAUGGUGAUAGCUUCAAUGAGAUGAAUUCACGCCGAAGGAAAGCUCAGUUUUUUCUGGGAACCACAAACAAACGUGCCAAAACAGUGGUUUUGCAUAUAGAUGGUCUCGAUGAUACGUCUCGGAGAAAUCUGUGUGAAGAGGCUUUGUUAAAAAUUAAAGGCGUUAUUAGCUUUACUUUUCAAAUGGCCGUUCAAAGGUGUGUGGUGAGAAUCCGUUCAGAUCUGAAAGCAGAGGCUUUGGCAUCAGCAAUAGCAUCAACGAAAGUUAUGAAAGCUCAGCAAGUUGUGAAAAGUGAAAGUGGAGAAGAGAUGCUGGUCCCUUUCCAAGAUACACCUGUGGAAGUAGAGCAGAAUACAGAGCUGCCUGACUACCUGCCUGAGGAUGAGAGUCCCACGAAGGAGCAGGACAAAGCAGUGUCCCGGGUUGGCUCACACCCAGAAGGUGGAGCUAGCUGGCUGAGCACAGCUGCAAACUUUUUAUCCAGAUCAUUUUAUUGGUGACUUCAAUUUGUGGCUCAAGGACUGCGUGAACCAACAAGGGGCCAGUUUUCCAUUGUUGUGGUGAACUGUCAAGUGCAAUUUGCAAUAAGUUAUCAUGAAAAGUUUUUAGAUUAUGAUUGUGUAUGCUGCAUUUUACUUUUUUUUUUUUUUUUGACAUUUACCGCAGUGGUAAAAAGGACAGAGGCUACAAGUGGAGUUGCUUUAUGAAGGUAUUUUGGUUCUAUUUUCCUUUGUUUAAUUGCCUCACUUUUAUAAAAACAUGGGUCCACCGUAAAACCAAACAUGUGCAGCUUUAUAUUUUAUUUUACAUGAAGCACGUGAUUAGGAAAACCUGUUUUCUCCUUAAGCCUCAGGACCUAUCUGAAGAAAAGUUUUUUAGUUCAAGUUGUGCAUGAAUUACUGAACAUUCUUCUUUGCUUUCCUUCAUGAAAGAUUCUUGCUUUGGUACUCCUCGCUGAAAGUUAAAAACAUUUCUCAACACCCCUUGCCCCGUCUUGUGCCUUUUUUAUUUUGCCAACCAUGUUAUAAAAAAGAUAUCACUAAUGACAUUUUGUGGAUUAAAAAUAUAUUCAUUUGAAUGUAGUGGUCCUCUAAAAAUAUAACUUAGCAAGCAAAAGCUUUGCAAUUUGUUGUUAUAAUUUUAAUACAAAAUGAGUCAUGAAGAAGGAAACAUGUAUUAUCAGCAAAGUGCUAUUGAAGACUAUUUGAAUGUGACUAGCCGUGGUUCUGACUGCUCUUCAUUUUGGUUUAUGUCAGCUCUUGAGAGUAUUGUCCACCAUAAUAUUGGGAGCAACUCUGGGGCUUACUCUGUGAUUAUAUACAAACCCCUGGGGAAAAAUAUAGUAGUAAAAAACUGACAAACUUGAAAAAAGAUAACAAAAGGUGAAUGCCUGUAAUGCCAUGGUGCCAUUUGGUAGUGUCUAAGCUACAAAUUGCUUGGCAGAUGCCUAUUCAGUAGGUGUUUCCUUAUAUUGCCUUUUAUAAAAUCUGAACAUGUGGUCACACUGAAUGAAAAAAAAAAAAAA